UUAAGUGACUCUGAACUUCCAGUAAAUCAGGAUAAUUUGCAUGGCGUUACCCAGCAACUCCUCCACUUCUCCAGUCUCUGAAUUCUUCCUCAUCUGCUUCCCCAACUACCAGAGCUGGCAGCACUGGCUGUCCCUGCCCCUCAGCCUCCUCUUCCUCUUGGCCAUGGGGGCCAACGCCACCCUCCUCAUCACCAUCCGACUGGAAACCUCUCUGCACGAGCCCAUGUACUACCUGCUCAGCCUCCUCUCCCUGUUGGACAUUGUGCUCUGCCUCACUGUCAUCCCCAAGGUCCUGGCCAUCUUCUGGUUUGACCUCAGGUCCAUCAGCUUCUCUGCCUGCUUCCUCCAGAUGUUCAUCAUGAACAGUUUCUUGACCAUGGAGUCCUGCACAUUCAUGGUCAUGGCCUAUGAUCGCUAUGUAGCCAUCUGCCACCCACUGAGAUACCCAUCCAUCAUCACCGACCAAUUUGUGGCCAAGGCUAGCAUAUUUGUUGUAGUUAGAAAUGGCCUGUGUUCUCUUCCUGUCCCAAUCCUUUCUUCCCGACUCAGCUACUGUGCCGAGAACAUCAUCAAGAACUGCAUCUGCACUAACCUGUCUGUGUCCAAACUCUCUUGUGAUGACAUCACUUUCAAUAAGCUCUACCAGUUUGUAGCUGGUUGGACUUUACUGGGCUCUGACCUCAUCCUUAUUGUCCUCUCCUACUCCUUUAUCCUGAGAGCUGUGCUAAGGAUCAAGGCCGAGGGGGCUGCAGUCAAGGCUCUGAGUACAUGUGGAUCUCACUUCAUCCUCAUUCUCUUCUUCAGCACAGUCCUGCUGGUUCUGGUCAUCACCAACCUGGCUAGAAAGAGAACCCCCCCAGAUGUCCCCAUCCUGCUCAACAUUCUGCACCACCUCAUCCCCCCAGCUCUGAACCCCAUUGUUUAUGGUGUGAGAACCAAGGAGAUCAAGCAGGGAAUCCAGAAGCUGCUGAGAAGGUUGUAAAACAUAAGAAACGACUAGAUCC